AUGCGAAGACACCCGUCUGAUCCGGUGUGCUCUCUGCUAUCGAGCGGUCUUAAUAUAUUGUUUGUUUCUUUCUUUCUGUCUUUCUCUUCUUUCUUCUCUAUCGUUCUUUUUUUCCUAACCCCUUUCUUUCUUUCUAUCUUUCUUUCUUUCUUUCUUCCGUUCUUUCUUUGCUUCAUUCUUUUUUCCUUCCAUUAUUUCUUUCUUCCUUUAUUUCUUUUUUGCGUGAAAUUCUUUCUUUCUUUCUUCCUUGGUACCAUUCUUUCUUUUUCUUCUUUCCUUACUACUUCUUUCUUUCUUUCUUUCUUUCUUUCUUUCUUUCUUUCUUUCUUCAUUGAUUUUGUUUCUCUCUUUUAUUUUUUCCUUCUUAUUACUUCUUGCUUCCCUCAUUAUUUCGUUCUUGUUUUUAUUUCUCUAUCGUUUCACUUACUCUCUUCCUUUUCUUUCUUUCUUUCUUUCUUUCUUUCUUUCUUUCUUUCUUUCUUUCUUUGUACCCUUCUUUCUUUUUUAUUCUUUGCUUACUCUUUCGUUCGUUCUUUCUUUGUACCUUUUUUCUUUAUUCUUCUUUGCUUCUUUCUUUCUUUCUUUCUUUCUUUCUUUCUUAUAUUUUCUGCGUUUUCUUCUUAUAAACCAGUCACUCAUUUCCUUUUAUAUACUAAUCGAAUCAGCCAAAGAGACGUCAAGUUUGCUUAUCGCAGCGCUGUUUCAGGAGCCUCACCUGCUCGCAGGAUUGGCGAAUUAUUCCUCGAUAUCGCUAUGAGUCUUUCCAUCGACUUUGAUUAUCAAUAUCUUUCUUUCUUUCGUUAUUUUUUCCUUUUUUACUUUAUUUUUCUUUUCACUUUAUGUACAAAAUUUAAUCCCUUCUUUCUUUCUUUCUUUCUUUCUUUCUUCAUUUAUUUCUUUUCCUUCUUUCUGCUUUUCUUUCCUUCUGGUCCUUUCACUUGUUUUCUUAUGUUCCUUUCUCUCUGUCCUUUUCACUUCUAUCUUUUUUUUUCUGUUUCGUUCACUUUCUUUCUUUCUUUCUUUCUUUCUUUCUUUCUUUCUUUCUUUCUUUCUUUCUUUCUCACCAUGAUUUGA